AUGGGUGUCCAGCCGCGACAGCCUCAACGAGGCCUCGGCUCCACGUUACACGUCCAAAGACCUUCCAAUCAUCACCAACGGAGUAUAUCGUCGUCGCAACAACAAUACCUUCCAACUUCACCAGUCCGGCGAGAUGCUAGCGCAGCCCUCGAUUCCAGUGCCGAACCCGCCGAGGCCAUGUCGGGCCGUCAUGUGUCCACUCCAAGACGGCAAGGCUCGAAGUUGCGGCUCGAACUGUCAAACGAACUGAUCUCAGCUGGCCCCAUAUCUGCUACCGAAUCACCACAGACUCUCACGCCGUCUCGCAUGAUGCCUCUUCCAGACCCCAUGGAGACGGAUAAUAUGAGUCCGGCACUAUCAAGGGUUUCACAACAAGAUAGCGAUAACCCUCCUAUGCCAAUGCCCAGGCGCCGACUGCCCCAGACCUCGCAGGCCAUACCUUCCACACGGCCGGCCGCUCCAACACCAGCCUCCACUAAGAAAGACGCGCGGCCGAAGCCGUACACAGUCGAAGUUCCUACAGCGGCGCCUCGAUACGUAAAUACGAAUAGACAUGAGACCAUAGGCCGGGAUCCCUUUAGCAAGGGCCUGUUUUCUGGUAAUGCGGACUUCUUUCCCUGGUCGGGCAAUCAUCAUGAGGAUGAAUGGAGCACCGAGGCUAUACAAAAGGGCACGUGGGAUAGAGGUAGUCAAAAUGAGGCGUCAUCAGCACGAAUUGCUAUCUUUCCAGCGUUGAAGCAGAGGAGCGGCCUCAAUGCUCUAUCUACUCUAUUCAUGGGCGUGUUGAACCAACGGAGAAUUCGUGGCCAAAUCACAGCCCCAUCAACCUUUAAACCUCCGCCUCGAGUCACACUUACGGAUACAAAGCGGGAAAUAUGGCUAAAGGAUUUGGCAAAUCCAGCCAUAUCCCUCAGACGUCUUAGCAGAACAAUCCCACAUGGUAUUCGGGGCAGGACACUUCUUGACCAAUGUUUGAACAAGGACGUCCCUACAGAGCGAGCAGUCUGGUUGGCCAAAUGUGUUGGCGCCAACGAGAUCCGAGCCUUCAAGAGGAAAGGAGCCAGCGGAGCAUUCGUUUUGGGAGGCGAGUUGAAAUGGAUCCGGGAUUGGACUGUAUUCGUUGAACAGUUCAUUGAAUCGGUGGUGUCUGCAUUUGGCGAACCUGACUGGAAAUCAAAAGUGACAUACGCAAUUCGUCUUGCAACAUGUCUAUACUCUGAGCAACUACUCGAUCGCGACCAUUACUUGGAGUGGAUCAUCUCUGGACUGGAAAACAGCCCGCAGUCAAGAAUCCCUAUGUGGAUAUUAAUUGGCCAAAUAUAUUGGAAUGACCUGCUACAGUCACGAAAAUGUGGCAGGCGCUUAGUCUUUGCAUUAUUAAAACAUUUGAAUACGAUUGAAAAUGAUCCGGACAGAGAUAUUCUCAUUCAACUGUCUAGCCAACUGUCAACGCUAGUCAUUUAUCUCCUCAAAACCAAUCCCGAAAGUUUUGUUUGCCCUCCUGCUUGGCAACGACUUGGCGAGACGUUGAGGCUUGUGAUGCCAACUGAGGACGCAGCCGCCCAGGCUGCGUAUAAUACCGUCAAGUUACGGAAUAUAAGGCUUUUAGUUGCCAAUACAACCUCACCACCCAGUGGCCGUCAGUAUUUGGUACAGUUGCUAGAUUCCACACUUCAGGGCAAGUGUGAUCCUGGACUGUCUGCAAGAUGUUGGGCGUCUGCGGAUGAUAAAGCUGGGAUAUUGAGAACAGCAGUCGAGUGGGCUACCUCUCUGCACCGGCCUGGGUUGGCCAAGGUUUAUGUUGUUGCUGGGCUGAUCAAAUCCUGGGGCGCUCAUAGGAUCAACGCUACUUCGACAAUCCUUGAUGCACUUGGAGACAUACCCCUUGGUGACCAGAUGAGGAAAAGACUCAUUAUUCGAUUAGUUGGCGAACUAGUACGAAGCGGACACUUUUCAGUCGCGCAGUACAUGCAAUGGCUCAUUGGCCGUGGUGGCCUGCAUGGUGCUGAGGAAAUCGAUCCUGUUGAGGGCCCUUGUCCUUCUCGCCUUUUGGUCGAGCUGCCCAUUCACUGCCUUCUAGAGGAACAAAAGGCUCAGAGAGGCAGCCUCCUUAGGCGUGCCGGACAUUACUCUGUUGGUGAUGAGGCCAACGAUAUUUCCUCGGCGCUUCAAUAUGUAGACAGCUCCCUUGGCUUGGCAACAUAUCUCAACGGCUCGGGGCCUUUCCGGAGACCUUUGUCAUUAAAGAAGCUAUCACGGAAAGUCAGAAAUAGCAGCUGGGCAGUACAGAGUGCGAUUGGAGCUCACCUGUAUGAUGUUAUAACGUCCCUACCUCCUCACAGGCCCGACUUUGUCAUGACUUUGUCAAUGUUCAGCUCAGUUCGCACUAUGAUGGAGACUGUCGAAGAUUAUUCUAUGCUUUCGGGUAUUCUCAGGGCCUGUUCCAGUGGUCCAGACGUGGACACUCUCGCAGCCUGCGUUGACACUAUUGACGCGCAGCUAGACAUCUUUAUGGCUAUAGGUACUGCAGAGACUCUUUUUGACAUAUUCAUUGAACGACUGAAAGCUAUGAGUCGAGACCAAGGAAUAGUCGUUCGCUCGCUGCUCGCGUCUCUGGCGUCUCUGGCUGCAAGAUUGCCACAAAGGGAGGACCUGGCAAAGCAACUCUCACAGGAAUUGGCCCAGAACGACCGGUCCAACGCGAUUGACGCCUGUUCCCCCGUCUCGGAUAGCAUGGCAACGCAAGCUCAAACGGCUGAAGGCGAGGUCUCGGAACAAAUCGAUAAGCUCCUCGCCAGUGGUAACGUCAUUGAUCACCCUACUAUGAAUCGUCUCUUUCGAUACGUCAUCAUUAAGUUGGAAUCUGGCUGGGGAAAAUUGGAUGACAGUCGAAGGGUAUUUUCGUCGCUUCUGUCACGACUACGAAUGCUGGACGCCCUUCAUUUCGACAAGCUUAUGGCAGACUGGAUCAGUCACAUCAGAACCCUGAAGGAACGGCCUCCGUUACCGGAACUUUUCCCGCUCCUUGUUAGCUUUGGUUGUUUAUCAAUGUCGACAAUACUGCACACUGCCAAUGCUGGCUCCGUGGCCUUGGACAUCACUCCCGAUACUGUAACGUCAAAGACUGCGACGUAUUUGCAAGAACUCCUCCAGCUUAUCAUUAUGAAGUUACCAGCAACUGCGUUGCUAGAUGCCGAAGAAACAUAUAGAUUCCAAAUUUACCAACAACGCGCCAAGUUUGAGCAUGCGAAGGGCUUGUUAGCUUUGAUACGCAAUUCGCUUGUUGAGUACUCAGCUCUCCAGAUACCCGGCCGAACUGCUAAGCUCCCUCUUGAUGAUGUGGCCUGUCAGAAUUGUCUCUUGGAGACCAUGAGAUUCAUGGUUGUGGCCGAUUCAGCAAUAGUCGCAGAAGUGUUGAACAUGAGCACGCUUCCUCCGGGAGCAACAUCAUUGGCGCACAGGAUUGUCACCAGACUUUUAUUGCCUGAAGCGGAUUCCGACCACCACCCAUCGUUUGACCAUAUUCUGUCUCUUGCGGAUGAGCUAACAAUGCCGUUUUGUCAACUCAAACUCAACCUAGACCUCUCUGUGAAUCUGCCUAGCAUCUCUGCUAUCGAGGGUGAGACACCUUCACGGUUUGAAGCGUUCGCAAAGGCCAUGGAUAAAGCCAUCGAAUCUCAGAACAUCAUUUGGACGAGGAUGCUGCCUUGUCUUAGUGACGACAUUACUCAAAGCCUGAACACAGAGGCUCACACGAGAUUUUUGGAUUUGAUGCCGUCGAGCAAAUCGGAAUCGUUAGCCAGCGACACGACGGACGAGAAUCGCAUCCGCCUCGCUGAAAACUUGCUCGGAGUCAUCGAGGCUAUCAUCUCCGGCCAGCCACCCUCAAGAUCAGCCUCGCUCACUAAUAACUUGGUUGAUAAACUGUCCGAUAUGUGGGAGAUUGUCACGUCGCGAGAUGAGGACCGAGCGAUGGCCAAGAAGGAGGUCUUGGGGCAUUGGCUCCCUACGCUGCUACGAUUCAUUACACUGCACAGCAUUUGCUCAGAGCCGGCGCAUAUUGCCACGGCAGGGCCCGGCAGCUCAGCGAAGACCGCUGCGACCCCCAACCACGAAGUACGGGCUCGCAUUAUCCUUUUGCUCUGCGGUCUGCUGCUGGAGAUGGAGACUCUUCCGAAGGAACUUGCAGGGUCUCUUGCCCAGCAGAUAUUCGAUAUUGCGAUACUCCUAGUAGACGCCCUACCAGACGAUCUACGAACACAAUGCGCCAAGUCGAUCCUCUUCCUGCCUGGUACCACAGCAAGCGCAGGCACCACAUCAGAUCCACGCCUGUACUAUCUCUUCAGCACGCCGCGACCAACCUCUGCCGAGAACCUAAAGCUCGUACACCGCGACAAGUCGUCGGUGCCGUACACGGCCGCUGCCCGAGGCAUGGGGGCCAUGUAUGGCAUCGGCCCGACAUUAAACGAAAGACUGAGUCCCUUCGUUCUCCGUCGCUGGGAGAUCCUCAGCGAACCAACACCCAAUGUAGGCGAAAAUGACACCAGUCUCAGCCUACGAUUGUUCGAAGCAAUCAAGAUUCAAUGA